AUGGUUCGCACAUCCAUCAUUGCCGUGGCCUUGGCCGCUGCGUCGACAGUCAUUGCGCAGAACUGCGGUCUCAAGAGCAAAUGCCCCAAGGCCACCCCGUGCUGCUCCCAAUACGGAGCAUGCGGUACCGGCGCGUAUUGUUUGGGUGGCUGUGACCCUCUAUCGUCCUUCUCCCUCGAUGCCUGUGUGCCGGCUCCCGUCUGCAAGGGCCAAAAGUUCGAGUUCAAGAACAUGGACGGAAUCACCGACGAGACCAAAUAUCUAGGGGAUUCGUCCAAGACGGACUGGGUCGCGUCCGGAAAGCCGACCAUCUUCAACGAUAAUUUGUUAUUGACGAUGCCCCCCGAUUCAGUGGGAACCCUUCUUGCAAGCUCGACAUACAUGUGGUAUGGAAAUGUAAAGGCCCGGUUCAAGACCAGCAGAGGCGUGGGUGUUGUCACUGCCUUCAUUCUGCUCUCGGAUGUCAAGGACGAAAUCGAUUACGAGUUCGUGGGCGUCGACCUAAAAACUGCCCAAUCGAAUUUCUAUUUCCACGGCAUCCCAGAUUACCACAAUUCGCAAAACAUCAGUCUCACGGACACGUUCAGCACCUUCCACACCUACGAAAUCCAGUGGACCCCUGAUACGGUUACCUGGUUGAUCGAUGGGCAAGAGGGCCGUGUCUUGGAGCGAAAGAAGACUUUCAAUGCGACGACGAACCAGUAUAUGUUUCCCCAGACUCCCGCACGUGUCCAACUUUCCCUCUGGCCCGGUGGUCUCCCAACCAAUGGCAAAGGUACGAUCGAUUGGGCUGGUGGUCUCGUCGACUGGACGAACGCGGUCGACAUCAAGAAUAACGGAUACUACUAUGCCACCUUCGAUUGGGUGGAGAUUUCAUGCUACGACGCGGGGUCAUCGUCGCUCGGCUCCAACAAGGGCACAUCUUACACUUACAACAACGAAGCCGGAACCAAUAAUACUGUUGUUCUUGGCGAUAAGAAGACUGUGCUGAAGUCGCUUUUGGGCACAGGUCUGGAUAUGGAUGCUGGCGACUCAUCCGCGUCGUCCUCGGGCACCAAACCUGCCAACACCGCCGGACUGGUCCCUGGUCUUAACGGUGCCGACCCAAGACCGGGAGCCGAUAGUCACGAAUCAAGCGCGGGUUCCUCAGACCCGUCCGCGACCGCUGGUGCCUCCCCCUCUCCAACCGGCGCCAGCGAUGGCCAGUUCAACCAAGGUGCCAGUUCCAGCAGCAAGAGCGGUGCAGACAAGCUUGCAGGCAGCCAAGAGAAAGUGCUAAAGGGCAGCGUAUUUGCGGGUAUCGUGGCAGUGGUAGCGAUGAUGGCUUUGUAG